CUCUCGUGUAAUUGUGCCUCUUCAGCUUCCCUACAACAUCCCCUACUUCAUCGUGACCGUCGGUUGUAACAUCUAUAUCGACUCUCCGGUUCAGUAUCUGAAGAGUCGCAAUGACAGUUACCGUUACCUGAAGCGAUGCGAGACUUUGGCGGCAAAGGAAACACUGCUGCGGGGUCGGCGCAGUUUCACUCAAACAUCACUUCCUCUUGCAACCCGGCACGAUGGCCACCGACGUCUACCAGCAGGCUGAUGACCUCGACGGUCUUUUCGAUGACGGCGAUGAUGAGAUGGCCGAUUCAACAGCCAAUACCCCCUUUGACCAGAGUUUCAACGUGCCAGGGGAUACAAAUGAUGAACUCAGUGCACUGUUGAAUGAAGGUGGCGGCGAGGGAUUCAACUUGGAUGAGUUGAAUGAAAGAGAGCUGGAACAGGGCGAAAAGGCAGACGAUGCGGUUGAUUAUGAAGAUAUCGGUGACGAUGACUCGUUACCUGAGGAUGAGCCGAUGCAGGUCGAGAUAACAACGGACAUGCUGCCUGGGAUCGAGGAGAACGCUUUGGAUGGCCUCGAUGAUGACGACCUCUUCGGCCCUUCUAGUCCUAUCCUAGUCAGUGCCCCGCCGCCCGUGACUACUCCUUUGAAGUCCGACGAGAAGCCUCCGAAGGAUGCCGAUCAAGAGUCCGACCUUGCCUCGGAGCAUGGCGACGAAGCCACGCAAGACCUAUCUAUGCUCGAGGCCGAGCUGGACGAGGUUGAAGAUGCGGAAUAUCGCAUACAACUUGCUCUUUUCGCACAAUCUGGUAAAGGCUACAUUCCAAAAACGGAGCAGGAGAACAUUGAAGAGUGGUUGAAGGUCGAGUUCCCCAAGUUCAAGCGCGACGAAGCACCAUACUUCAAUGAGCUCUUCCCUCCCCGACCGCACAAAUGGCAGGGGAAAACACCGUUGAAGCCUCCAAAACAAGUCCGCCCAACAAAAGUCAACUUGGAAAUUGAGCAAGACCAAAGAGUGGCGUUCAAUUCAGUGGUUGCGAUCAACGCGCCGGAGGUUGGCGCAGAUUUUGUGAAGAUUAGAGAAACCGCAGCCCCUGUUGAGGCUGCAGAAUCUUCGGAAGAGUCCGAUUCUGACGAGCCUCUUCCUGGUGGUCUGACCAUGCGUGAUCUGGAGUUCAUGUGCACUGAAUUCGAUACACUGUCGCACCUGGCAUCUUCGGACGAUGGAUUCGUCGAGAUCACCCCCCGAAUUGUCGACAGCGACGAAGAGAUGUUCGGUUUCGAUGAACUUGAUAUGGAGAAACCCCGCAAGAAGCGCCGCCUUGGUUUGGAUCCUCGGGAUAUUGUCAAAUCGCGUGAGCUCGAGGUACCCUCCCUCGAUGAUCCCGAGAAGACGACUGCCAGACUGGCUAACAAGGUCGUACUGGACUUGAACGACACCAAUCUCCUUGUUGAAGAGGUUGACCCGGAGGCUCUCAGAGCAAAGGCCCGUCCUGGCGAGAAGCGACCUGCCGUCAAAACGCUCAAGGAUCGCCUCCAACAUCGCUUCAAAACUUCCAACGAUGCUGAAUAUGACCUUCUCAAGCAGAAUCAUAGACAUAAAAUCCGAGGCCAGCUCACCAAUCUGACCAUCGAGCAUUCACUGCCUGCUGUUCGCUUGCAAUACCCAUACUACCAAGUACAGUUGUCCCUCCAGGAGUUGCGCAAUUUCCAUCGGAAACGAAUGCACUUCAGACAUCCCAUCGUGUUUCGGCAACCAGCGAAGGUCAAGAGAAAGCACCAAAAGCAUCGACCCGCUUUGGAGUUGUACCCUACCACGAAAGAGAUUUCGAUGGCCGAUAAUUCUUCGAUUGUUCUCCUUGAAUAUUCCGAAGAACAUCCGCUGAUGCUGUCUCAGACUGGCAUGGGAAACAAGAUCAUCAACUAUUAUCGCAAGAAAAGCAACGAAGACAACUUCAGGCCCAAAUAUGAUAUCGGUGAGACCUCUUUGUUGCUACCGGAGGACAAAUCUCCGUUCUAUAUCUUCGGUCAAAUUGAUUCGGGCGAAACCAUGACAGCCCUCUACAAUUCUAUGUACAGGGCUCCCAUCUUCUCCCAAGAUGCCAACUCUCAGGAUUUCUUAGUCAUCCGAGAGACUACGGGAGUGCACGGGCAAAGCCACUACUUGAGGAAUCUUGAAAACGUUUUCGUGGUUGGACAGGAAUUGCCUUCGGUUACCGUUCCCGGAACACAUUCACGUAUGGUCACAACUGCGUCCAAGAAUCGUCUGAAAGCCAUAUCAUACCGCAUCGCCCGCAAGAAGAGAACCAACCGCAUCCAUGUCGAAGAUGUUACGAGGCAUUUUCCUGGCACCACGGACAUGCAAAACCGACAAAAGAUGAAAGAGUUCAUGGUUUUCAACAAAGAAUUCAAGGAAUGGGAAAUGAGGCCGGGUGAUAAGGUCCCCAGCGAAGAGCAAAUCCAGGGCCUGAUUCGGCCGGAAGAUAUCUGUCUCUUGGAGGCAAUGCAAGUCGGAGCACAGUAUCUUCAGGAUGCCGGAUAUGCGGACAAUGAUGAGGAAGAUGACACCAAGGAGAAUGAGGCCGAUAGUAUCGAGCAGCAACUCGCGCCAUGGAGAACAACCAAGAACUUCCUGCAGGCCGCUCAAGGCAAGGCCAUGCUGAAGCUGUUCGGUGAAGGAGAUCCAUCAGGUCGCGGUGAGGCAUUUUCAUUCGUCAAGACGAGUAUGAAAGGUGGAUUUCGACCGAUUGGCGGAUCUGCGAUGGACGCGAUUGCCUUGAAAAAAGAACUCGGUGGUCACAGCUAUAAUGUCGCUCGACAACAGAAAUCCUACGAAGAGUCCAUCCGUGGCAUUUGGGACAAGCAGAAAGCCAGUCUCAGCUCGAAGAUCGAACCUUCUGACCUCGACAUGGAAGGCGAUGUGGACGCCCAGGAAGACAAAUAUCCGGAGAGUCGGUCGAAUAUCCGAGCAACGCCCAUGUCUGGAACCCAGACACCUUCGAUGUCGAGGCGUCGGGAUGACGAGACGGCCACCUCAUUCAGUAGACGCAGCGUUGGCAGUCAGACUCAGAAAGCACUACGGAUCGUGCGCCGAAUUAAAACCAAAGACGGUGAAAUCAUCGAGCAAGAGCACAUUGAAACUGACCCGGCAGUGAUCAAGCGAUAUAUGAAGAUCAAGGAAGCGGAAGAGAUGCAAACCACAAGCCUCAGUGAACUCGAACCUACCGGUGAUCCAGAGCAGGACGCGCGGCGGAAGAAACGACUCGAGGAGGCUCUCGCCCAACUCGAGAAGAACAAGGCUCGCAGGCAAAAGCGCAACAAGAACAAAGAAGCCCUCCAAGCUGCUACCUCACCUGGCGGCACCGCCAUGUCUCCGGACGGGGAGGGAGCUGGUGGUGGUGGUGGUGGUGGUGGCGGGGGCAGGAAUUCGCAGCCAACGCAGCGGAAGUGUGCGAACUGUGGUCAGGUGGGCCACAUCAAGACCAACAAAAAGUCAGUCACCAACGCUAAGUGUAAAAAUUGCAAUCUCCCCAUUGAUCGCAAGGUUGGGUUCCUGUGGAUGAGUGCACCGAACUUCUCGGGUUGAUCGCAUUGAGAAGAUUGCCCUCUUUCUUUCACUUUGGUCUGAGAAUGAUGGUCUUCGAAAAGCUUUCACCGACAUCGACAUAUCUCGUUUGAUGGUCGCCCCCCGAGGACAUGUUUCGACAUUUCAAUGCUUGCGCAUGUGAGGCUAAAGACCUCCAUAUCUCGCUCUCGGGAAGCAAGAAGUGCGCGAUCCCAGCACCAUCAACACCCGUCUAAGCGAUCCGGGACUCUCCAGUGCUGUGCUUAAUGCUUUGCUAUCUCAUUUCCUGGUCAUUGUCCAAUUGCUGACACGAUUUUCUUGUCAAGAUUAUGUCCCCUGCUCAACGGUACCAUCAAGCAAGAAGACGGCUUCAACAACGCUGCGUUCAUGGGCGCACCACCUACGAUGUCUUGAGGAGACCGUCGAUCGUUCUUCCGGCGGCAUGAGAGUUGAGACUGGAAUAUUCGCAACGAAAUGGGGUUAUCCUAAAGCAUGCCACCAUCGUCAAGAUGUGUGGAUCGAGUGGCUUUUGUCCAUAAUGUUGGUAGACGGUAAGGUCGACGGAGUUUGCAAGGCGCGGGACAAGGGACAUCAUUGCAUCUCUAUACUUUGUAUAGAUUGUUUUAUUGCAUAGCGUGGGUGCACCAUAUCGACUGAUGUGGUCGUUUUACCAAAAGCAUGGGGCGUGGUGAAGAGUAUCGCCAGCACAAUAGUCUUUUGCAUGUACCAAUAUGACAUGAGGCUUCUCGAGAAGCUCUAUCAAGA